AAGCGGCGGUAUGCCCGUUACGGUGCGUCAAUGCUAGAAACUGUGAAAUCCAACCAAGGCCGUAUCUCUAACCUGCUUUCCUCAUUCCCGCUCCGCUGUCUCUGCCCACUGCCUUUAUCACUUUCGGCGACCUUGGAAUCUCACUCCUUACUUUGCAAUGACCACCAGCUUCGCAGCAAACACAGAGUUAUCGCGUGUUUUCGCAGCUUCGACCGUAGCCUCUUCCAUUAAACCCAAAACAAGCCGACUGUCUACAUGGGGAUGCACAUUUAAACGUUUAUCUUAUAGAUUUCCUCUUCUAUCCGCUGCCGCCACAAACAAGGGUGGUGUAUUUUCCAUGUCAAAGGAAAGUGAUAAGACAGGAGGACUCACGUAUCGGGAGGCGGGUGUGGAUAUAGAUGCUGGGUCUGAGCUUGUUAAGAGAAUUGCAAAGAUGGCACCUGGAAUUGGAGGGUUUGGGGGCCUUUACCCUCUUGGUGAUUCAUACCUUGUGGCGGGCACGGAUGGUGUAGGAACUAAACUUAAACUUGCAUUCGAAACUGGAAUCCAUGAAACUAUUGGGAUUGAUCUGGUUGCAAUGAGUGUCAAUGAUAUUGUUACCUCUGGAGCCAAACCACUAUUUUUCCUCGAUUACUUUGCAACAAGCCGCCUUGAUGUUGACCUUGCUGAAAGGGUUAUAAAAGGCAUCGUUGAUGGUUGCCAACAAUCUGACUGCACUCUUCUAGGGGGAGAGACUGCCGAGAUGCCAGAUUUCUAUGCAGAUGGCGAGUAUGAUCUCAGUGGUUUUGCAGUUGGCAUUGUUAAGAAGGACUCAGUAAUUGAUGGGAAAAACAUUGUGGCUGGGGAUGUCCUCAUUGGUUUGCCAUCUAGUGGAGUGCAUUCCAAUGGCUUCUCUCUCGUGAGAAGGGUUCUGGCUCGAAGUGGCCUUUCUUUGAAGGACCAACUUCCUAGUGGAGGCAUUACAUUAGGGGAAGCUCUUAUGGCCCCAACUGUGAUAUAUGUCAAGGAGGUGCUUGACUUAAUUAGCAAGGGAGGUGUUAAAGGCAUUGCCCACAUCACUGGAGGUGGUUUUACAGACAAUAUACCUCGAGUCUUUCCAGAAGGCCUUGGAGCUUUUAUCUACAAUAACUCCUGGGAAGUCCCAGCUAUCUUCAAAUGGAUCCAAGAGGCUGGAAGAAUAGAAGAUGCUGAGAUGAGGCGAACUUUUAACAUGGGCAUUGGCAUGGUUCUAGUGGUAACUGAGGAAGCAUCUCGAAGAAUACUUGCGGAUGGACAUUAUAAAGCUUAUCGCAUUGGUGAAGUUGUAAAGGGUGAAGGAGUGAGCUUUAACUAAAACAUGCAAAUCUUGACCAUUCCUUCAGAACGUUUUACCUAAGAUUAAGAAUACAGCGAGCAGUAGCUUUUUUUUUUUUUUUCUUUUCAGUCAUUUUCACUUAGGUGAAACGACAUUGACUGAAUUAUAUAAGCGGAAUUGUGUAACAUUGUAAGCGGAAUUAUGUAACAUUGGCUGAAAGAAAUAAACUUUUGAGUUAAAAAUCA